UGUUCUAUGAAAUGCCUUGGGCUAAAGAGGGAAAGUAAUAACUCUUUCUGGCUUGGCCUGUUGUGUGUGAAUGCAUUGGACAAGGCUUGGCUACAAUGCCAAAAACUGAAAGCAUCAAGCUAUGGGUUUUUCACCUUUCCUAUCCAUCAGAUUUUUAAGCACAGCUGUGGUAGCUCAUAGCGCAAUUAUUGUUAUUUAUUAUUAUUAUUGUUGUUGUUGUUGUUGUUGUUAUUAUUAUUAUUAUUAUUAUUUAAAGUGAAUUUGGGAAAUCUGGGAAAUUGGUGGCAAUUUUGGUCCCAAUUGCAAAAAAAAAACUCCAAAACUUCCAACACUGAAUUAUUUGAUUCUGUAAGUACACAGGAACUGAGUGGAAGCUGUUAGUUCCAAAGGGAGCAUCUUGUUUAUGACACCUGGAUCUCUUUAUUUGGUAGACCGUGUCUGUGCAGCUUUCAGAUAAUGGUGAUGUUUCCAUUUUGUCAAUAUUAAUUGUCACAGCUCUGUUUAUAACUUGGUCAAACAGAGAGAAAAGAGAAGCAAAGAACUUUGUGUCAUGUGAUGGUAGCUCCAUCAGAAGCUCCUGGUGGAUAUUAGGAUAAACUUUUUCCCCAAAGAGAGGUGAUGCUUUGGCACAGCUCCCUGAGUAAUGCUGGGAUCCCCAAACCUGGAGGUGUCUGAGAGCUUUGGAGAUGUGGCACUGAGGGAUGUGGGCUGGGUUUGGACUUGGGGAUCUGAGAAGUCGUUUCCAACCUGAAUGGUUCUGUGAUGUUGUGGUUAACGCUCCCUCAGUGGUGCUGAAGGAGUGAUGCCAGUUUACACUAACCUGGAACUACUCCGGUUUAUGUAAACGGGUUAAUCUCACACUCCGAAUUGUGUUUUUAAAGUGUUGAUUUAAAGCACUUGUUCUUUGCUUACACAUCUGGUUUUCGAGGCACCAAACCCUGAUUAAGAUUGGAUGAAAGGAAAGGGUUGUUUAGGAUAUGGGUGGUGAGGCAUUGGCACAUAUUGCCCAGAGAGGUGGUGGUGCCCAUCCCUGGGUCGGGCUGGAGGGCUCUGAGCACUGAUGGAGCUGUGAGUCUCCCUGUGCAUUGCAGGCAGUGGCUUUUGGGAGUCCCUUCCAAUUCAAACCACUUCAUAUAAAACUAAUCAAGCCGAUUCCACUUUGCUAACUACAACAUUUCCCAGGUUCUAAUGUAUUUUCCCAGGUUCUUGUGGGUUUAAAUGGUUGAUUACAGCUCGAAGAUCAGCACAACAGGCUGGGAAUUGAAAUAUCUUUAAUCGCCGCUCGGAAACCCACCAGCAGGGACCCCCAGCAACGCAAAAGGACGCACUAAGGAGGAAAACCCCCAAACGCAGCAGCUUCCCUCGGAUCCUCCCCGCUCUCAUCUAUGGGGCGGAGCUGGGGGUGGGACUGCUGUGUCGGUCGGUCCGCCCGUUCCUCCGCAGCCAUGGCCGCCCCGUCGGAGCCCCCCACCGCCUCCACCCCCCCAGCAUCGCCGCCCCCCGCCCGCCGCUGCCUCCCGGCUCCCUCCGUGGAGCCGCUGCUCUUCCUGGCCACUCUGGCUCUCGGUUUGCAGGGCCCGCUGGCCACCCAGUACCUGUGGGAUCGGCUGGGGGCCGAGCACGGCUACGUGGGUCCCAAUGGCAGCAGCCCCGACGGCUGCGGGAACGGCAGCGAAGCCGUCGAGCCGCUGCGGGAGGAGGUGGAAGCGUUGGUCGCCCAUUGGAACCUGUACAUCAAUCUGGGGGGUUUCUUCGUGGGGCUCUUCUCGGUGACACUCUUCGGUCCGUGGAGUGACAGCGUGGGCCGGCGGCCGGCUUUGGUGCUGCCGGCGAUGGGCAUGGCGGUGCAGACAGCCGUGUACCUCCUUGUCAUGUACCUCCGGCUGCACGUUGCCUACCUGCUGCUGGGGCGCAUCAUCAGCGGUCUCCUGGGGGACUACAACCUGAUCCUGGCUGCCUGCUUUGCCUCCAUAGCUGAUAGCAGCGACCGACGCACGCGCACCUUCCGCGUGGCCAUCCUCGAGGCCUGCCUUGGCGUGGCGGGCAUGGUGGCCAGCAUUGGUGGUGGCCAAUGGCGCAAAGCUGAAGGUUACAUCAACCCCUUCUGGCUGGUGCUGGCCGCCAGCAUCGCUGCUGCCCUCUAUGCUGCUUUAUGUCUGCAGGAAACGGUGAAGGAGAGGAGAGCGGCCAAGCUGUUGACUCUCCAACAUUAUAAGGCUGUCUACAAGCUGUACACAGCCCCGGAAAACCUGAGCUCCAGGAGGAAGCUUGCACUCUACUCCUUGGCUUUCUUUCUUCUUGUCACUGUCCAUUUCGGAACCAAGGACCUCUAUGUUUUGUAUGAACUUGGCUCCCCGCUCUGCUGGGCCUCUGAUCUCAUUGGGUACGGCUCAGCUGCCAGCUACCUGGCGUACCUGAGCAGCCUGGGGGGGCUGCGGCUGCUGCAGCUCUGCCUGGAGGACACCUGGGUGGCAGAGAUAGGACUCAUCUCUAAUAUCGCUGGGCUGGUGGUGAUUUCUCUUGCUACUACAACACCACUGAUGUUUACAGGUUAUGGGAUUAUGUUCCUGUCCAUGGCAGCUACUCCAGUUAUCAGAGCCAAGCUCUCCAAGCUGGUCGGUGAGACAGAACAGGGUGCACUCUUUGCCUCUGUUGCCUGCGUGGAAGGGCUGUGCUCACUUGUGGCUACGGGGGUGUUCAAUUCCCUCUACCCUUCCACCUUGCACUUCAUGAGGGGAUUCCCCUUUCUCUUUGGGGCCAUCGUUCUCCUUAUUCCAGCUGCUAUAAUGGGGUGGAUAGAAAUCCAGGACUCCAACCGUCAGUACAGCCACUUCUCAGGUGCUUCCUCGUCCCCUGUGGAUGGCUGAGCAGCAGCUUAGCAACAAGGAAUUGGCCAUUCUGGCAGCGUCUGUCUAUAGACUGCUCUUUGUUCUUCACGUGCAGAACAGAUCAGUGUGUGUGGGACACCUUGGUUGUCCUCACUGAUUUUUAAAUGCCUGGAAGUUAGAAGUGAUGGCUCUGAGUGCCAGGGAAAACGUGAUGUGCAGAUGUGAAUACCUCCUUGCUCAUCACAGAGAGAACUCAAGGGACUACUCAAAAGCCAAUCAAGAGUGAAAGCAAUUGGUGGCCAUUUGCAAGGCCAGUAGUGGUUGGGUUGGGUUUGUCUGAAUUGAGUUUGGUUGGGUUGGUUGAGUUUGGUUGAUUGGGUUGGAUUGGGUUAAAUUGGGUUUGUUUGGGUUGAAAUUGAUUGGGUUUAAUUGGGUUGGGUUGGACUAAGUUGGGUUUGUUUGGGUCGAAGUUGAUUGAUUGGGUUUAAUUGGGUUGGGUUGGGUUGAGUUUAGUUCGUAAGGUGGGGGUGGGGAUGGAUAAUGAAAGAGAGAGAGUUGAAUUCUGGCUUAACUGUUACUCUCUUCUGAGUACCACAGUGUGCAGCAGAUGGGCUGUUGGUGUGGGUGAAGACCAGACCAGAGCCUACAGGGUGAAGCAGCCCAGCAGUAUUCUGCUGAGGAAAACAUCUGUGCUCCAAAUCAAUGUAUUGUGGUUAAAAGUCAUAGGAAUAUUGCAGGCCAGUAGUUUUCCAUGGGAGUUCUACUGCUGUCCUUGUUCACUGAGCUAGCUUUAUCUUUGUAGUGGUGUUCUAAGGAGAAAAUGUGCUAGCUGUGCUUGUUGCUAUGAGUGCCAAUGGCAUGUCUAUCUGUCUGCAGCUCACACCAGCUCAGUUUAGAUAUUAGAAAAGAAUUAUUCUCUGCAGGAGUGGUGCUGCAGUGGCACAUGAUUAAGGGACAUGAUUUUUUGCCAGUGACUUCACAUCCACCCUUCUCAGGACAUAUUGAUGCCAACAAGCAAACCUCCACAUUCAUGGUAUUUGUGAUCUUUUCAAAGCAUUAACUAUAUUGCUUCAAUCCUGUUUUCUUCACACUGCCAUAAACCAGCAGUUCUGUGUACACUGUGUUGAACACAGAGUUCAGAUGUCUGCAAUAAUGUGAAAUUGCUUAGCAGUCAGAUUGCUUUCAGAGUGAAUAAAACCCCCAUUUUCUUUUAUGGCUCAUCAAAAGAU